ACACUUUUGCUUUUAAGAGGGAAAAAAAAGGAACCAUUACGCAUUCGGCGAAAACCUACAGCAUAAUUGAGAACUUUUCCGUUUACUCACUGACGGGGGGAAAGCUUGCACUCAGGCUUUCACCCUGCUGUGAUGAAAAGAGGCCGCAGCUCCUCUGAAUGAAAGCAUUCUUCAUUCCGUGCGGAUGACCAAUAACUUUUAUGCACUCUGUGGUGCGUUGUUGGACGCGUCAGCCUGGCGCGCCCACUCCGCGCCUCUGUGCUGACAACCCACUGACGGAGUUUAGUUUGGAUGGACGCAGGGACAGACAGACGGACAGACGAGACGGCACACACAUGCAACACAGACAGAGAAGCCCUCCGAAGCCGAGUGGGGAAAAUACGGACCAGGCCCUGAAUGACCGAGCUAAAAGACUACGUUAGCCCGGUUUGUGCCAAACAGCGAGAGAAAAGGGGGCGCUUCGCUUUUUUAGGUAAACGUCAGCACAGUUUACACCCUUGCAAUGAUGGGUGACUCCAGCGAAGACUAUGGAAACUACACCUAUGAUUAUGACCUGGAGUACGGCGACUUGGAAGAUCUCAAAACAGAGCACAGACAAGAGGAAACUAUACACAUGAUCUCAGUGUUUAUCUACAUCAUUUCCUUCGUGCUUGGCUUGAUUGGAAAUGGAACUGUUAUUUGGGUGACGGCGUUCAAAAGCAAAAAGACUGUCAACAGCGUGUGGUUGCUCAAUCUUGCCAUGGCCGACUUUGUUUUUGUGCUUUUCCUGCCCUUCUAUAUUGAUUACAUACUGCGGGACUUCCACUGGAGCUUUGGUGUGACCAUGUGUAAGCUGAACUCAUUUGUGUCUGUGAUGAACAUGUUCGCCAGUGUGCUCUUUCUCACCGUGCUCAGCAUAGACAGGUAUGUUUCACUGGUCCACCUCAACUGGUCUCGGCGGCACCGCACAGUAGAGAGAGCCUGGGUGACUUGUGGCUGUAUAUGGGUGAUAGCUGCUGCCCUGAGCUUCCCCGCGCUGAUUUUCCGUGACACCCUGCGCUUACACGACAAGGUGAUAUGCUUCAACAACUUCCACACACAGGAUGGACAUACAGCAGCUAUGAGACACAUAAUAAUAGUGGCCAUCCGCACCACUGUGGGCUUCCUUCUGCCAUUUACUGCCAUAUGCGUGACAGGCAUACUCCUGUCAAUCAAAGUGAAUCGAUCUGGGGGCUUGGUUCGCUUGUCUAGCUUCUCCAAAACAGUCACUGCAGUUAUUUUGGCCUUCUUUCUAUGCUGGGCACCUUUCCACACGUUUAGCUUAAUGGAGUUAUCAAUACAUUCCUCUGUGUACCUACACAACAUACUGAAAGCUGGUUUUCCUCUUGUCACCAGCUUAGGUUUUUGUAACAGCUGCAUUAACCCCCUGCUAUACAUGCUCCUGGGGAAAAAGGUUCGUCAUAUCCUGAAGCGUGCAUGUCUGGACAUAACUAAGAGUUCACUCCGAGAACUCAGCCAGUCAGUCUCUGCCACUGAGAUGGAAUCUGUGCCGCCACAUUAUCAGGAGAGUCUCUCAGAGGAGCCAGUGGAGUCAUCUGCACUAUGAUUGCAACCUCAGACUGUUAUCCAUGAAAAACACGACUGAGUAUCACUUUAAUGUAAAUGGGGAGGAUUUUGUCCCCCUUUCUUUUCAGCAUAAUGUUCAAAUUUUCCUAUUUUUGUUUCAUUUGGAUGGAAUUGACAUGGUUCAGCGUAACUCCAUGGAAAAGCUGAGGGAAAACUGCAUGCACGUGGGGCUUUUUCAUCUGCACAGCCCCAAGUAAUCGCUAGAAAUGGCAUGACAUAAAUGACAUAAUCGCAGACCAUUGGCUGUUUUAGUUUCUUCAUUGUAAGAUUUUGCUGCUUUUCCUCAUCUUUUAUGAUUAUGAACUGACUAUGUUUGGGUUCUAGAUAGUUGGGCAGUAAAACAAGCAGUUUGCCGAUGUCUCUCUCGGUUGUGAAAAAUAUGAGGGACAUUCUUCAGUCUUUAUAUACCAAUUCUUAAAGUGUAUAACAAACUAUGUAUUUCAGAUGUUUUGAUUGUACUCUUUUGGACCAAGGGCAUUUGCUCAUCAAUGCUGUUUUAAUGCAAAUGAAAUGCAUACUUUUAUAGUUCAAUAAUGUAUUGUACUGAUUUUUAAGAAGUUGAAAUGUGUAUAAACGUAUAAUUCUAAUAUAUUCAGAGUAAAUAGCACAUACAGUGUCUUAUUAAAACUGCUUGU